UUGAGCACCAGACGAGCAACACAAGGACACACACAGACCUUUGGGAAUUUAAACAUCUGAGAACAACAAAAAUAUCGGUUGCUGUUUACUUAUAACCUGGAUCAACAUGACGUCCCGUCUGUCCAGUGCUGAGCUGUGCAUCAAAUACCUCAUAUUCGCCUUUAAUUUCAUAUUUUGGCUCGCAGGUACAGGAGUUUUUGCUCUUGGCCUCUGGGUACGUUUCAAUGAAAGAACUAAAGAACUCCUUACUGCAGAUUCCCCAUCUGUGUCCUUCACAGGGGUCUACAUGCCCAUUGUGGUAGGUGCCGUCAUGAUGGUGCUCGGGUUCCUCGGCUGCUGUGGAGCAAUAAAAGAAUCGCCAUGCAUGCUGGGAAUGUUCUUCGUGUUCCUGUUUAUCAUUUUUGCUGCAGAGGUGGCCGCUGGAAUCUGGGGAUUUGCCAUUCAGAAAAAGGUCGUGAAAGAAAUCCAGGAUUCCUACAAGCAGACAUUUGACAACUACAAAAACACUAAACAGAAAGCGCUGAGGGAAACUCUGAAAGAUUUUCACUAUGGAUUGAAAUGCUGUGGAAAAACAGGACUGCCGAUUGAUGGAGUAUCUGACAUCUGUCCCAAAAAGGAGGGAACUAAAAACGUUGUCACAACGAGCUGCCCAAGUGCUAUUGAGGAGAACUUCACAUCUAGGCUUCAAGUGAUCGGAGGAGUUGGGAUUGGCAUUGGGGUGAUCAUGAUCUUUGGCAUGAUCCUCAGCAUGCUGCUGUGCCGCGCCAUCCAACGACCCCGGGACAACGACAAAUACAGAGUGCAUGUAUUUGAAAAAACUUCCAACAAAGCCUAG